UGUUCUAUUUAAAGCACCCGUGUCCGCGUUAAUGCAGCAAAAUACUAGUAUCCCGUUUACGGUUCAUAGACAACGUAGCUGAAAGAAACCGUACCAGAACAUACAAGAUAAGGCACAGUCGUGUUGGAGUUUUUGAAAUAGUUACAUUUACAAACAACUAUUGGGAACGAUGAUCCUGAGGUUAGCAGUUUUAGCGUUAUGUGUGACAAGUGUCCACGCCUACGCUUUCUACAGAGACAACAUUCCAAACGGGUACAACGUUACCAACCCUUGUAACAGCAGUAAAAAAUGGGACGGGGUCGGUCAUGAAAAUCCCGGGGGUGCGGGCACCAGAAAUCCGUUCGGAAAGGACUUCGCAGUUAACAAACAGGUUUGGGACGCCGCAUUUUGCCGGAAGGACUCCGACGGAGACGGACGGACAAACGGAGAAGAAUUGGGAGACCCUAACUGCGUCUGGACGAAGGGGUCGGCCCCUCAGGAUACAACUGGGAUUACUCAUCCGGGAGUAUGUGAACCGAUUGGUAGCAGUCAAUGCGUCGGAAAGAAUUCAUUUGUAGAUUGCCAAAACACAAGAGAAUUUGUGUGCCCCGCCAUCCAUAAUAACGACACGAAGCAGUUCGAAUACAGGUUACCGGAGACUGCCGUUCCUGACAAGGAGACCACGUACAUGUGUAUGAACAUUCAACUUCCCGUUGACAAGACGUAUCACAUGAUCGCAAGUGAACCAAUCAUUGACAAUAUUGACGUCAUGCAUCACGUUAUAAUUUACGGAUGUCCUGGUUUAGAAACCGCCCCAGGGCCGCUAGACAAACCGGCGGAAUGUGACGUAAUGAAGGCCCAGUGCUCGGAAAUUAUUUCUGUGUGGACUGCAGGCAUUUCCGGGCAGUGUUUCAACGAAAACAUGGGGUUUUUGGUCGGGGCAGCGCGCGGUGCGAUGAAAUACGCUAUCAUCGAGCUUCACUGGAAUAAUCCGAAGUUAAUGUCCACAUACAACGACAGUUCAGGCUACAGGUUUUACAUGACCGAAAAUCUCCGCCUCAACAAUGCCGGCGUGCUGACGAUUGGUCAGGCUUAUUUUCUAAUCCCGCCCUUUACCGAUGAUCACGUGGAGGUUGGCUCAUUUCCAGCAACUUGUAGCAGACAGCUUAUGACUGGCGACAUACACGUGGCUUCAGCUCUCAACCAUAUGCAUCUUAUUGGUAAGGCGCAGAUAACAGAGUUGAUCAGGAACGGAAGCAGGGUCCAAUAUUUGGCAAAGGACGAUGCCUACGAUUAUAACGCACCAAAGACUUACAGUUUCGCGGACCCGGUCGUAGUUCGUCCCGGUGACGAGUUAAAAACCACCUGCGUGUUCGAUUCCCGAAAGCGUAACCUUACCACGUUUAGCGGAGAGGCGACGCAUGACGAAAUGUGCUAUUCUUUCCUUUCCUUCUACCCGAAAGAAAACAUCAAAAUUACAAAUGUUGCGUCAUGGAAGAGAUUCGACGCCAGCGAUUGGCAAAUGGGUCCAGUGAAAGGCUGCAAUCUCACUCAGAUUUUUAAUCCAGCCGACCCCGAAACGGCGCAGAUAAACGCGAUGAUAGCCGCGAAAUGCAGCCCCUUUGUGUGUCGACAUGAAUGUCUCGCCUACCUAAAAGAGCUCCAGAAGCAUCCGUGUUUUCAAGGCGAUGUGUACGAAAUGUUCCAAUUUUAUGCGAUGCAAGUCAAGAACGAUGAGUACCGUGCGAAGAUGACCUACCUUUUAGCCCAGCUGGAUUCAUGCGAUUGGGAGCUGUGGCAAGAGGGCAAAGGUCAUACCGGUGAUGCUGGCGGACCUAUUUCCGUUGGGACGUCACGGCGCCUGUCGCUGUCGACCGUCAUAGCAUCGGCGCUCAUUCCUCUUUCGUUUGCGAUAUACAUUUAGACGUGUUAGAAAUACGAAGUCGAAGCAAAGAAUCUGUGCUGUUUGCUUAUAUUCUUUCAUUAAUAUUAAGUAUAUAAAGGUGUCAUACAUAUUUAAAAAUAUCCAUUUAAUUGUCUUAACAAAUAAGCGUAACCAGGGCCCGUAAUAAUAAAGCUUCUUAGAGGAAACGUACGGAAGUGUCUUAAAUUCAUAAUAUUCUUUACGUUUCUGGAUAUGUUUUUUUAGGUUUUGUAUGAAUUAUGUUUUAAGGUAAUAUUUUUACAUCGAUUCAUAUUUAACUCUUGUGUACACAGAAUAUAUCAUAUGUCGUUAAGAAGACUUGAUAAGAAAUGUACCAAUUUUAGUAACAAUUCUGUUUAAAUUUUCGUAAGAGGCUCUGUGGAUAUCUGUCAACGUAGAAACAUAGAUUUGUUGGGAUUCAACAGUUUUGGUGAUGGAUAGGUUAAUUGAUAAGGUAUUCUCAACGACAGAUACGAUGACAUAAUUUAAGUUUGAGUUUAGAAUCUGCCAUAACAUUUCAUUGAUUUAUGGUUCGUUUAAAGAAUUGUUUUUAAACAUUUUGAAAUGUUAUAUUUUUUAAAAGACAUUCUCUGUGAUUUCUGUUGAUGAAUACUUUUUAGUUUUAGUACAUUUAGUAUCUUUAAGUAAAGAUGAGACGUGCGUGUUCUGUAUAUGAAUUUACAAUAAAAUAAAAUAUAUUCCUAUAUUGCGAAUGUUUGAUUUUUAGUCUCGUGUAAAUUAUGUAUUAAGAAUGUAUUUUUCAAAGCACGCAACAUUUCCAAAACAAAUAAAGAACAAUUCAUCUCU